AUGGCUCGCCGGUCACCUUUGGCGUUUGUGUUGGCGCUCUUGGCGCUGCUGUGCGCCCCAGCCUUCCUGAUGCCUGGCAAGAUGGGAGCGACCGUGACCGAAGAGAAGAGUCAGUUGCUGGCCGCAGGUGGUGCUUUGAUGGUGGCCUCUAUGCCCGCACCUGCCUAUGCCGGUGGCAUGUUUGACUUCGGCCUCACCCUGCCUUUCGUGGCCCUGUCCUUCCUCACUAUGAUGUUCGUGCUGAACGCCCUGUGGUAUGCUCCCAUGACGGAGGAGGUGGAUGAGCGCAACGCCAAGCUUCUGCAGACCUUGUCGGAGGCUACAGACAUGUUGGCGAAGGCUGAUGAGAUGCAGGUGCAGUACACGGCCGAUAUCAAGGAGGCACGGGAGAAGGCUGCCAAGGAGUUGGCCGACGCGCGCAAGGCCACUGAGGAAGCCAUCGCCAAGGAAGCGGCCGCCGCGGAUGCGGUGCGAGAGGCAGAGGCCAACAAGUUCCGGGCAAAGUUGGACUCCGAGAUGAAGGACAAGAUGGCCAAUGCCGAGGGCACCAUCAAGGUGGGAUUUUUGGAAUCUCCGGUGUCGCCCCAGGAGAGACAGAAGGACUUUGUGAAGCAGAUGGAGCAUGGUGCCGGUGCCGGUGCAUAUGGCAGGUAUCCUCUGUUGGUGAAGAUUCCGCGCGCUGAAAUGCUUGGGAGCACCGUGGGGUUCCGGCACACGGAAUACAUCAUUGAGGUUGAUGAUUGUGGGAAGGUGUAUACGCGCUCGCGCAGGUACACCAUGUUUGCUUGGCUACAUGCCGAACUCCGCCACAGAGAGCUGGCUUGCGCCCUGCCGGAGUUACCACCCAAGAAGGUCUUGGGCAACCGCGAAUCGGCGUUUGUGGAGAGACGGAAACAAAUGUUGGAGGAUUAUUUGAAGGCGCUGCUGAUGUUGCCGGCCGUGAUUCAGGAUGGCAUGAUUUGGGCCUUUCUGGAUGCGGACGAAGCAACUGCGGUGGUGCCCAGGUUCCUCUGCCGCCAAGCCACCCACCCCGCGGCGGAGAAGUGUUUGAGCGCCUUGAAGCGUGCUGUGGCGGAGAAGCAGGAAGAAGUCUUUCGGCUCUGCGAUGCCACGGUUCUGGAGGAACUGGCCAAAUUCGCCCGGGCAGAGGCCACCGAGCCUAUGGUGACGGGCCAGACACAGGUGCGAUUGAAGAAUCGUGCCAAGCUGUGUUUCAUUUUGUACAAGGUGAUCAACUAUGAUCGCGCUCGGCACAAGUUGGUGCAGUCAGACGUGUUUGGCGCCUUGCUGGCACUCUUAUGUCGGGCCACUGACGACGAGAUGGAGCUGGAAAUGGCUGCGGAGCAGCACAACAGUUUUUGGGCCUCAAAGUGUGUGAGGUCGUUGAUACAGGAGACGAAUGGGGAAGCGCUCCUCUACUUUUGCCAACAGGAGGGAGCUGUGAAUGCCCUGAGGGCUUUGGCUUCUUCUCAGGUCGAUGCCCUUCACUCCCUUUGCGCCUGGGUUCUGUGGUUCGGCCUUCGCUGCCCCGGAGCGCCUUGGGUUUUUACGGCUGUCUGA